AUGGACAAUGACAAAGAAUCCCUCGACAACCGGCAUGUCGAGCUCGCGGAGGCCGCACAGAGAUGUAUCAACACCAAGAGCAUCGUUCACGAUGGCCGCGCCGCAACCGCUCUGGAGCACUCCAUGACCCUCCGCGAGGCGGUGCGUGUCUACUGGAAGGCUAUAUUUUGGUCGGCCCUUUUGUCGACCUCCAUCAUCAUGGAGGGAUAUGACAUAGUCCUUGUCACCUCGCUCUACGCGCAACCUGCCUUUGCGCGCAAGUAUGGCACAUAUCACCCUGGUACUGGAUACCAGCUUGCCGGUGCAUGGCAGUCCGCGCUCGGGUUGGCUCCCAUGAUCGGUGCUAUCUUCGGCGCGUUUGGAAAUGGCUGGCUUACGCAUCAAUUUGGGUACCGUCGUGUGCUCCUUGCCUCUCUAGUCUCUAUCACCGCAUUCAUCUUCCUUUUGUUCUUUGCUGUCAAUCCCGGAAUGCUUUUGGCCGGUUUAGUACUCUGCGGUGUACCAUGGGGGAUCUUCGCGACUAUGGCGCCCGCGUACGCGUCGGAAGUCUGCCCUUUACCUCUUCGUGGAUAUUUGGCUGCCUACGUGAACCUUUGUUGGGCACUCGGCCAGCUCAUUGCCGCGGGUGUCUUGGAAGGGCUGGUGAGUCGGAUGGAUGAAUGGGCGUAUCGCAUCCCAUUCGCCGUGCAAUGGGUCUGGCCAAUUCCAUUACUGGUGCUGCUGUGGUUCGCCCCGGAGUCGCCCUGGUGGUUCGUCAGAAAUGGUCAGCUGGAGGAGGCCAAGAGAUCUCUUGGGAGACUAGCAUCCCGCUCGGCCGACAUUGACAUGAACCAAGUUAUUGCCAUGAUGGUACAUACUAAUAACUUGGAGAUGGAGGCUGAGAGCGGCACAAGCUACUUGGACUGUUUCCGCAAGACUGACUUAUAUCGAACGGAGAUUGUCUGCCUAGCAUUUGCCGUCCAGGUCUGGUCCGGCUCCUCGCUUGGUGGUACCCCGGUAUACUUUUUCGAACAGGCCGGACUGUCGUCAGAGAACGCAUUCAAGUUCUCUUGUGGUGGUCUAGGACUCGCUUCGCUCGGCACAAUCGCGUCGUGGUUCCUACUCAGUGCCUUUGGUCGACGAACGCUCUAUGUGUGGGGUCUUGCCAUCUGCACUGCCUGUAUGCUUAUUGUUGGUGUUGUUGCCGCAGCUGCGGGCCAAGGAACGACCAGUAGCUACACACAGGCUGGUUUUGUUCUGGCUUGGUUGCUCACUUACUACCUUACAGUUGGGCCAGUCUGUUAUGCAAUUAUCUCGGAAACGUCGGCAACCCGCUUGCGCAGCAAGAGCAUUUGCCUAUCCCGAAAUGCCUAUUACAUUUCGCAAAUUAUUGGCAACGUCAUCGAGCCGUACAUGGUGAACCCCACCGAAGCCAACUGGCACGGAAAGGCUGGCCUCUUCUGGGCCGGUACCUGCCUUGUCUCCUUUGUCUGGGCGUUCUUCCGACUUCCCGAGACCAAGGGCCGAACUUUCGAAGAGCUCGACGUUCUUUUUACUAAGAAAAUUCCAGCGCGAGAAUUUAGCCGAGCCAGCAUCGACGCCUAUGCUACAGAGCCAGAAUCUCAAAUCAAACUAGGAGGAAAGUAG